GUUGGGCUGCAGAAAGAUCAACCAGCACUGUUUUGUUGUUUCAAUACUGAACUCAGCGGGCGGUUUGGCGCGACGAAGCAGGCGUGCAAACAUGGAGCCAGUUUGAUAAACAGGAGUCUGAAGUCCACCAACCGUCAGAAACCAGAGGAACAUUUCUUCUCUCCGAUCUGCUGCUACAAAGGUUCAUGUCAGAAAUACAAAAACUGUCAGAACAACGAAUUCAUUCUGUCUGGUUUUAAAUUGGUUCUCAGGGAAUUAAAAAAUGAGCGAAUAAAGGUUUCACAAUGGUGCUGAAGUUGGAAGAGAAGCCAAACGGUCUUGACUCUGUUAGAACCAGCAGAACCUCUACAGAGCCGAAACGAGGUCAGCGUGGGAGCUGCUGGUGGUGAAACUGGGAUCCCUGAGAGUCGAUACUGGUGUGUGUGUGUUCAGCCUCUCCCAGAGUUCAUCGACCUCCAGCAGACCUCGAUCAGGCCGGGUUCCCACAGAGACGCUUCAGAUCCGGCCGCAGAGCCACAAAGCAACAGAAAACCUUCAUCAGCCCUGAAAUCUGAGCAGAAGCUUUUAAGUUAAAGGCAUAGAGGACCAAGAACGCCACCCUGAGGAACCCCAGAAACCAACAUCUGCAGAGGAAGACCACAGCUGCUGAGUCCCUGCAGUCCCUUCAUUGUCCGGGUGUGUCUCUGCGUGGACAUCGGUCAGCAUGGGGGUGUGUCUCCAGGUUCUGGGCCUGGUUCUGGGCAUUGUGUCCUGGUGUCUACAGUCCAGCUCUACAACCUCUCACACUUGGAAGGUGCGUAGCCAGGCAGAGACGGUCACCACCAGCUCCUGGCAGUUUGAAGGCCUGUGGAUGAGCUGCGCUGCCACGGCGCUCGGGUCCGUCCAGUGCAGCAAGUUCAAGACGGUCCUGGGCCUCGACUCUCACCUGCAGGCCUGCAGAGCUCUGAUGAUCUUGUCCCUGAUCCUCGGUCUCGCCUCCAUCAUCGUCUCCAUUCUCGGACUCAAAUGCACGAAGAUCGGCCGGAUAGCAGAGCAGGUCAAGGAGCAGGUCGCCCUGAGUGGAGGCGUCUUGUUCAUCCUCUCUGGCGUCUUCACCCUGACGGCGGUCUCCUGGUACGCCGCCAGAAUCAUCAACGAGUUCUAUGACCCGUUCCAUGCUGGACUGAAGUUUGAGAUGGGUACUGGUCUGUACCUGGGCUGGGCGUCCUCUGGUCUGGCCAUACUGGGAGGAUCUCUGCUGUGCUGCAGCUGCAGGCGGAGCGCCUACACACCCACUCCGAGGCAGUUCUCCUACCACUCCAACUCCAGUGGUGGUCAGAGCAUCUACAAAGCGGCUCCGGACUCAGAGAGCACCAGCACUAAAGCGUACGUCUGACUUGGCGGUCACCCGCGACCUGAUGAACAGCCGCCUGAACCCAGUUUUAACCCUGUCUGAACCCAAUCUGAACUCUGCCUGAACCCAGUUUUAACCCUGUCUGAACCCAAUCCGAACUUCAUCUAAAUCCCGUCUGAACCCUGCAGUCCCAGGGUCCCGCAGGCUGCUCACUGUCCAACAGCUUUAGAACUCCAUAAAGUUCUGCAGAAGCCCGUUUAUGACCCGAUCAUUCAGAACAUGAACAUGAUGUUGAACCGUUUGUCCACCAGGUGUCGCCAAAGAGGAGCAAUAACACAGUUAGUUUGGCAGAUUAAAACAUUAAAGCAGCUCGUUUAUUUAUUCUGAAAACCAAAUUUAGCAAUUGGUGUUUUAUAAUUUCUGUCUAAGUUUUCUCCUGUUUCUCUUUCAUCUUGAAGGUGUGUAGUUCACUCUUUUCGCCACCAGAUGGCAGCAGAUAAUUACGUCUGAAUCUUAACGGGAACUCCGGUCUGAUUAUGGAUUUAUGUCUGUCUCUGUUGGCCCUGAAUGUUUUUAUUGGUUUGUUUUAUAUGAAUGAAAAAUAAAAUCAAAUGAAAAACAAAAA